AUGUCCUCCAAACGACAAGCAGAGGAACAGUCAGGUCGCGACCGCAAGCGACAAAAGCUCAAAGAUGCGCGUACAAUUCCGGUUCAGCCAAAUGCUACCGCUGGACCCUCCACAGCUCCUACCAUUGUUCAGGGGAAACGUUUGCCUGCGACCCUUGAUACCGAGAAAUUUGCAGAUGCGCGACAAUUUGAGAUCAAGGCAAUGCACACUUCAAUGAAAAGCGCAAAUGAUUCCGCAACCCACCGCACAUGGCAAACUCUUCCUCGUGCUCUUCGUCGCAGAGCCGCCAGUCAUAAUAUUCGACGAAUGCCAAUCCGUCUUCGGGAUAAGGCGCGUCAGGAGAUGAAGGAUACUAUUCUCAAACGGAAACCUUUGGCACGCCUCAGACCAAAACACGGCAAAGAGAAGAGAGUUGGUCGAACCGAAAGCUUUAUCAGACGACAAAAGGACAAGUCGUGGCUUGAGACUCAUAUAUGGCACGCGAAGCGCAUGCAUAUGGAGAAUAUGUGGGGCUAUCGUCUCGCUGUGACACCGACUGAGAAAGCAUUUCGUCCCUCUCAUCGCGCUUCAGUUCACGGAUCGAUCAUACAUGACGCGUCUUAUUACGCAACAUUCCAAAUACGCGGGCCUCAGAACAUCCUAAACAAGAUUUUGACGUUGAUUUCAGACCCACAAGACAUAGCUCCCCCAGGAGCCCCACGGUACCACUCUGGCUUUCGAACCUGCGAAACUCACAUUUACGAACCACACCAAUACCCUUAUGGAUUUGUUGGUACAGCAACUAUCAUUUGGAAGCCUCGUAACCUUGGCACCGCUCAGCCAUUAAGCAAACCCAGCAAGAAGGGCAAAGAAAAGGCAUCGGAGGAGCGGACUUCCACUGCAGAUAUGCGGACUGUCUGGCUACGGUCGCAUCCCUCCGUCUCUGAUACAGUCUUCACUGCAAUCAAGGAGUCUGCUUCUAUCGCUCUCGAAGCGGCGCGUGCUACUGCUCCUGAAGACACUGUGUUGGAGGAUGUUGGUAUUGAGCUUGAAGACAUCAGUGGACAGUUGAAUGCCUUUGAGAUCAUGGGGCCCAAGGCUAGCCAGGUUUUAAAAGGCGCUUUAACUCCCAUUUCCCAAGACGAAAGAGAGGAUUUCAAAAAGUUUUGGCAGUCCAUGUCGGAUUUGCAAAGUUCUGGUUCUUUGCCUCGCACAAUGAUUAUAGGCUUGAAGGUUCUUGACCCUCGACUCAAAUUUCCUCCGAAAAACGCCAAGCCACAGAUAACGAACACAAUCGUGCCCAUCCAGCCCUCUAGCUCUCUCGCUCAAACAGAACUCUGGGACUCUUCCGUUCGCGACAAUAUCAGAAAACCACGCUAUAAGAAGGCAGACAUUGAUGAACGACGAUCCCAGCAUCUCGUCCCAGGCACCAAACUUGACCCACUACGUCAAGAUGACCGUAUACCAGUCAUGCUCAUUCAACGAGCCGUUGAGCAGGAUUCCUCGUCUAGUUUGAGUCUUUAUGGCUGGACCCUUUUGGUUCCCGCAGGCUGGUCGAUGCCCUUCUUCUCAUCACUUACCUACACUGGCACAAGAGUUGCCGGGCAACGUGAGCGUCGAGUUCAAGCAUUCGAAGCGGGGACUGGCUAUUUCCCCCACGAUUAUCCACUUUGUGCAACCUAUGAACAAGUCGCCAAGGAGCGCGAAACACAAGAUCGUACGCGCUGGGAGCGCACUCCGCCAGCAAAGCGCCAUAAUUAUGAAUCAACUGAUACACGCAGUCCUUGGCGAGCCGAUUGGGAAGUUGUUCUGGGAUUGCAGUCGUCUGAGGCGGAUGGUCUAGUCACGACCCAAAGAGAACCAGAUGCAGCCGAGAAAGAUGUCAUUAAACCAUGGCUUCUUCGCGGCAGACUCGUUAAAAGUCUUGUGGAGAAGAUGAUUCAGCCCCACAUCAAUCCUUCAGUCUCAUUAUAUGACGAACUCAACACUCGUUGUGCUGAUCGUGGGCUGCGCAUGGCAGCUACCAAACCCGAUGCGUUGCUGCAGGGUGCUUUGGUUCGAGUCAAGGUCACGCCGAAGAAGCGAGGAAACCCACACGAAUUGGCUGUCAUCUACUUUGUCGAGGACGAGGAGAUCCAGCUCUGGCAACAUCACCCAGCGGACGAGUUUGAAAUUGAAGAUAUAGCUCAAGGCAAUAAACUUUGGACGACCAUACCACCGCAGUCGGACAUCAUUGGAUAUGUCACCAGUGGUAAUUUCUCGUUGUCCCAGGGUAGCGGGUUUGCAUUGGGUGCCAUCAGUCUGUCGAGUUUGCUUCGUCUCAAACAACAAGCUCUUCGUCUGAAAGCAUCCGAAAUGGUGGUCAAGAUACGAAACCGAGAUGGUCAAAUGUGUCGUGCGGCUUACAUAAGAAUGCUGGACUAA